AUGGUCAGAUUUGCAGUCCCGACGGGACCGCUCGAUAGGGAAAGUGGUGAAUUGCCGCGUUGGGAAGGCAGCCGCCGAGGCCAGCCACAGCUCAGUAGAGCAGAGUACAAAAUAUGCACUCGGGGCUUCUGUGAUGCAGGAAAGGGCCACAAAAAUUCAUACAAAUAUAUUUUGGGUUGUUACAAAAGGUUCUGUCUACAGUACAUGGGAACAGGAGGCGAGGGAGCGCAAAAAUCGCACUGCCAGAGGCACCAGAGGCAGGGAGAGGCAGGCCGAGGGCAUGCCGAGGCACAGUGGCGAGAAAGUGGGCAGCCACCGGGGGACCGUAAAUUGGCGCCUUGGGACCGUAAAUCUUUCGGGACGAAGAGGGCUGAUGACGGGGUCAAUUUUGGCGCGAGCCCGCGCGAAAACGCGCAACGAAGCGGUGGCGGACCGCCAGAUUUACGGUCCCAAAUUUGGUCCCCUCGGCCGGCAACGGGCGCGCGCUGUUCCGUGGGCAGGACCCGGUGGCUUGGGCACUUAUUUUGCGGGACCAGAUUAGACCGCUCAAUACAUCCCAAUCAGGCAGGUCUCGGCACACCCUCUCAAAUAGGGGUUUGGAGCUCUACCAGGACUGUACAUUGCCCCCCUAAGGGACCGCAAAGCUUACGUAAUGGGACUGUGAAUCUUUCGGAGGAAGCAGGCCGGAGUGGUUUCCAAUUGGAUGUAAAGUGA